AUGUGAGAAAGUCCCAAGUCCGAACUCCUUCAUUCCCCAUCCUUUACGCCUCUCUCGGCCGCCUAGGAGGAAUCAUGGAGAAAGAAGCGACAAAGCUUUCCUUCUCCUUCUCCUCUUCCAAGCCCUCAUCUCGCCCCCCAGCCUCCAAGCUCACCCGGCCGCCUACCAAUGAUUUCGGCUCGAAACCCCAAUUCGUCACCAUCUUCGAUCCCUCCGCAGUCCCUAAUCCCGACGACUCCAAGCUCGUCAUCGCCCCGAUUCCCAACGCCUACAGCAGCCCUGCCUUGAAGCGGAUGAAGAACCUCCUCCCCCUUCCCACCGCCGAUGACGACCCCUCCGCUGACACAACCACCCGCUUUGUCCUAGACACCUCUACCGGCGACGCCCCUGCUGGGAGCAUCCCGUAUGGGCUCACCCUUCGUUCGACCGAUGAAUCCAGAUCCCACCGAGAGGAAGGGGGCGGGUCUGGCCGUGGACGCAGCCGUGCCCAGGACGAAGAUUUUCGGAGAUAUAGGGAAGAUGUGAAGGAUCGGCCGGAAGAACAAAGCAUGGAGGCUUUCGAACAAGUCAAGGUGGAGGACUUUGCUGCCGCUGUCCUUGCUGGGUAUGGGUGGAACCAAGGCCAGGUGAUUGGACGGAACAAGAAUCUAGCUGACACCAAUGUCUUUGAAUACAAGAGAAAGGGUGGAUCUGAAGGUCUCGGAUACAACCCAUCUACGGGUGAUCCCAAGAAGAGAAGAGGCUCUUGGGUUGUGGAAGGCUCAAAAGAGAAAGCAAGAGAGAAGGAGAAGGUACUCAGGGUUAUAUCAGGCAGAUAUAUGGGUUCCAAAGGAAUAGUCUUGAAGAGUUUUGAAAAUUUUGAGCUUGUCUUGAAGCUGCAGAGGAGUGGAGAGGAGGUGAAGCUAAGUCAUGAUAUGGUGGCUGAGUUGGGAUCAGCGGAGGAAGAGAAGUUCCUGAAGAAGCUUAAGAAAUCAGAAGAUGAGUACAAGAGUGGGAAGAAGGAUAACAGGAAGAGAGAGGAGAGGAGGAGCAUGGAAACAAGAAGAGAGGACAAGAGUAACAUCGUGCAGCAAAGCACCAUGAGCACUGAUCGUAAUGGGGUACCCAAGGUCCGAUGGCUUACAAGUUAUAUUCGAGUCAGAAUAAUCAGCAAGGAUUUCAUGGGUGGAAAGUUGUACCUGCAGAAGGGUAAGGUGAUUGAUGUGGUUGGACCAACAACCUGCGACAUUUCUAUGGAUGGAAGCCAAGAAUUGGUACAAUGUGUUGGUCAGGACAUCUUGGAGACAGCUCUGCCUAAGCUAGGAGGAUCAGUGCUUGUGUUGUAUGGGAAGCACAAGGGAAUUUUUGGAAAUCUAGUAGAGAGAAAUGCUGAGAAAGAAACUGGAGUGAUAAGGGAGGCUGGUAGUCAUGAGUUUAUCAAGGUUAAGCUGGAUGAGAUUGCAGAAUAUCUUGGGGAUCCAAGCUACCUUGGAUAUUGAUUGUUGAUUUCAUGACAACAUGGAGAUGGGCAUAGCUUCUUUCUUGACAUUGGUUCAAACUUGGAGGAAGUAAAUUGAAUUUCAGCUGCAAUUGUGUGUUUCUUUGACAGUUUUUCGGAAACACUGCGAAUUUGUUUCACCAGCAUUCUAUUUUUAAGGCUUGUUGAUGUUUCCAUGAACACUAUAUGCAAAAUCUCGUAUGGAUAACAUUAAGAAGUUGAAAGAGAAGACAUUGUUCAGUAUUUAUUGUUGCUUGCUCAAGAGCACACAUGAUAAGGAAAGAUGUCUUGUGAUUCUUUGGGUGGGAGAAAAUUGCAUAACAUGUUAUGGCUAUUACGUACCUUAAUGCAACAAGCUCUACCUUCAAAAACCUAUAUUCAUUAGCUUCUUCUGGGUUUGCCUCUUGGACGGCAUGAUUAUAUGCCCCAGUGGAAGCCACUAGUUACUCCCACCUAAGUCUUGUAGCUGAGAAGUUUUCUCUGCACACUUGUUUCUGUGUGCAAAAGUUGUAUAACUCUACCAACAGUUGCUUUUCUUGACCUCUUCAUGGAACUUCAAAUGGUUAUCAAUAUCUCAGCAGCCACCGUAAAGAAAUCUGGAUUCAUAGCAUUUGUGUUUUUGAUAUGUCAAACAUGAAAUAAUUGCAUUCAUGUAUGAGGAAUGAAUAAAUUGUUUUUUUAGAAUUUGCAUGAAUUACAUGUAUAAAGAUGAUUGUGAGAGCCAAGAAACUUGUUUCCAUUUAAUUAACCAGAUGUUUUUCUUGUGAAACAUUUCUCAUUUACUAGUGAUGAAGAUCCCACAUCUUUAGUUUCUUUGUUUUGUUUUGUAAAGAUUAGAUGGAAUGCACAAACUUUUCUUAAAAUUUACAAACUUUGAACUUGCCAUUUGAUUGUCUUAAAUUGAUUGUUGAUUGUCUGGGUUAAUCAAGUAUUGAGUUAUUAUCUUGUUUGACAUUUUUUUUGUUAACAUUUAUAGGAUAUGUGACUGGAUCCUCUGUUGUAAUAUACAUAUUUCAGCCUGUGCACUACUAACCAUUAUAUAGAUAUGUUUACAGCGCUCCUGAUGUUUUAUGGAAUACAACAUUACUUAUCCUUGGCUGGUUCUCUUAUUUUCACCCCUUUGAUCAUGGUACCGGCCAUGGGCGGUACUGAUGUAAGACAAUUUUUUCAGUGUAUUAACAUUUUACCACAAACCUAACAGAUGUAGUGUUAGAAUUGAUAAUUUACACUGGAAGGAGGAGACAACUGCUGUCAUUUCUACAAUGCUACUAGUUUCUGGCGUUACAACAAUAAUGCAUUCUUAUUUUGGUAGUAGGCUUCCACUUGUCCAGGGAAGCUCCUUUGUAUAUCUGGCUCCUGCCUUAAUUAUUAAUUCAGAGGAGUAUAGAAAUCUUAAUGAAAAGUGAAUUUCUGCCUCCUUAUAGAUAGACAAUACUGAUAGACAUUUUUUUUUUUUCCAAUUACGUCUUCCACUCUUCUAGUUAGACUUCCUCUCUAGAUUGGCAUUUUGAAUCCUGAAUUUUAUCAUACAAAUAGAUUGUGGUCUUGAUUUAAUUGGUUUUCAUUUAAUCUGACUCAAAUCAUGUAGUUUAAUUUGAUAUUUGGUUGAUUACUUGGUUCAAUCAAUGCAGGAGUUAAAUGUUGGCCCUCAAUAAGAAAAAGUAUGCCCAAUUUGUUGUUAAAUGCUGGAAGUUAGUUUACUUGUCGAACACUGCAUUUUCUCUGUUCUAUUGUUUGAUUAUCAUCCAAAUCUCUUUUGAUUAAAUGCAGAAGUUUAAACAUAUAAUAAGGGAAUUGCAAGUGGCUGUUGUUGUUGGUUCGGUUUUCCAAGCUGUUUUGGGCUAUAGCGGCCUCAUGUCACUUCUUCUAAGGAAAAGUUGGUGCUCUCCUAGCUUCUAUUCCGGUUGCAUUGGUUGCUUCUGUUCUAUGCUUUACAUGGGCUUUGAUAGUUGCACUUGACCUUUCUACUUUCUAAUAUACUCAAACAAGAAGUUCAAGGAAUAUGAUCAUUGUCGGAUUCACCUUAUUUAUUUCUCUAUCCGUCCCUGCAUAUUUUCAACAGCAUGAACCAAAUUCAAUUCUCAUUUUGCCAAGCUAUCUUUUGCCUUACGGAGCAGCAUCAAGUGAACCAGUCCAUACAAGCAAUGAGGGGUUCAAUUUUGCUCUGAAUGCUCUUUUAUCUCUUAACAUGGUGGUUGCACUCAUCAUGGUAUUCAUACUCGACAACACAGCGGCUGGUAGCAAGCAGAUACAUAUGGUCAGACAGAGGUACACUAGACUUCGAUUCGGCUUCUCUUGAACCAUAUGCUUUGCCAACAAAUGUUAGACCCUUGUUCAGGUGGGCUAAAUGGGUUGGUUAGUGACCUGAUCGAUAUAUGAAAAGUUUUAUCAGCCUUUCUCCGGGUAUUACAUUACUCGAGAUUCUUACAACAUGAGCAUAUUUAUGUCGUUCUUCCAGACAAGCUGAGAGUGGAUAUGGGUUUCUUGUUUCCUAAUACAAGACUAGCUGUUUGAAGAACAAGUUUCACAUGACAGUUGUAAAUGAGAAAGGUAAAGACAAAAGAGAGAGAUUGAUAUUGAUUUUUAUCUAUGGUUUCUUUUUCAA